GAAAGGAACACGUUCCUCUUCGAAGACGGUACGAAAAGGACGCUGCGGAGCUGAAAUCGAAAAUGUGGUGUGACUGUUGGCGGGAUCGAAGACUCUGAGAGGAAGAAGGACAUCACGUAUCGUAAGGGCACCGUCCUCCCAGGUCGCCAUGCAGUCCUUUUGUGGAUCUGCGUUUUGGGACUCCGACCUCUCCUGGAACCGCAGGACGAACCCCGAUCUGACGACAUGCUUCCAAGACACCGUGAUGCUGUGGGUGCCUUGCGGUCUGCUGUGGACCUGCGCGCCGUUAGAGUUCCUUGCCAUGGCGAAGAGCAAGAGCAGGAGAAGACCCUGGACCCUACUGACCAUUACCAAACUGUUUUUCUCUCUGGUGCUGAUCGCCACUUCACUCAGCGAGCUGGCGAACUGCUUCACGAGGCUUGGUCGGGGCGCUCAGCUUUAUCCAGUCGACUACGCGGCGCCGUCAAUACGGCUCGUUACUUUCGGUCUGACCGUUUCCUUGAUCAUCGGAGGUCGACGCGCCGGCUUCUACACGUCGGCCCCACUGUGCCUCUUCUGGCUGCUGAUGUCCGUGGGCGCUGUUCUUCGCUACAGGUCGAUCAUGAUCAGAGUCUUCGGUCAGGAGAACCUCGACAGUGAGCACAAGAUGCGGAAUCUCGAGUUUGACUUCGUAGUGACGGUCGUCUACUUUCCCGUCGUGACAUGCCAGUUCGUGAUGAGCUGCUUCGCCGACAAGUCACCGAGGCUUAGGCAGAAAGCGAAUGCAUCGCCCGAAACAAAGGCGUCUUUCAUAUCGGCGAUUUUCUUCUGGUGGUUCAACGGGAUGAUAUUCCGCGGAUACAAGCAGCCGUUGCGGCUCGGCGACAUGUGGAGUUUGGACCAAGCCAACGAAACGAGGCACAUCGCCAACAACUUCGACCACUUCUACCGUCGCGAGAAGCCGUCGAAGAAGCCCACUGCAGCGAAAAGUGGUGCCGAGAACACAGGACUAUCAUCAUCCUCGCCUGAAAUUGGAAUAAUGGCGCCGCUCUUUCGGACAUUCCUGCCCGAGCUCAUCGUGCUGGGUUUUCACAAGCUCGCUGGAUCACUGCUCACGUUCGUCAAUCCUCUGGCGUUGGACCUGCUGAUAAGAUUCAUGGACUCGGACGAUCCCGCAUGGCAUGGAGCCCUGUUCUCGUGCACCAUGUUCUUCGCGUCGAUGGCCGAGUCCCUGUUCAACAGCCAGUACGAGUACCGCAUAUUCCUCGUGUCCAUGCGCAUGCGCUCUGCCAUGAUCAACGCCAUCUACAGGAAGGCGCUCACGCUGUCGAGCUCUGCGAAAGGCCGCUUCACCACGGGAGAGAUCGUGAACCUCAUGGCGGUCGACACGCAAAGGAUCAUGGAAUACAUACAGGUGUUCAACUACCUGUGGACCACGCCGAUUCAGGUUGCCCUGGCCACAUACCUACUGUGGCAGCAGCUGGGAGUGGCUACUCUGGGUGGCCUCUUUGUCAUGGUCAGCCUGCUGCCAAUCAACGGCUGGGUCACCGCGUACCUGCGAAAGUACCAGUUCAGCAUCAUGGAACAGAAAGACCGGCGCAUCAAGCUACUGAACGAAAUGCUGGCUGGCAUCAAGGUGCUGAAGCUGUACGCUUGGGAGACGGCCUUCCAGAAGCGUGUGCAGAAUCUCCGCAACCAGGAGCUCAUCUACUUGAAGAAGCAGGCGUACCUUAAUGCGGCCAUCGUGUUUUCUUUCGCGUGCGCACCGUUCCUGGUGGCGCUGGUGAGCUUUGGGGUGUACGUCACGAUAGACAGCGAGAACAUAUUGGACGCGAACAAGGCGUUCGUGUCGCUCACGUUGUUCAACACCGUGAGGGUGCCACUUGGACUCCUGCCGCUGAUCGUCUCCAACACUGCCAUGUUCCUCGUGUCCCGUGACCGUAUCAACGACUACCUUCGCUCGGAUGACUUGGAUCCUACGGCUGUGCAGACUGAUGCCAACCAAGAAGAGGCCGUGAAAGUGCAAGACGCCUCGUUCGCCUGGUCUCGAGGCAGCCCAGCGAUGCUCAAGGACAUAACGGUCAGCGUGCCCAAGGGUUCACUCGUCGCCAUCGUGGGUUCGGUCGGAUCGGGCAAGUCGUCCCUGCUCUCGGCCUUCCUCGGCGACAUGGUCAAGCUCAAGGGAUCCGUAACCGUUAGCGGCUCUCUAGCCUACUCGCCUCAGCAGGCUUGGAUCCAGAACGAGAGCGUCAGGAACAACAUCCUCUUCGGCAACAAUUACGACAAGGACCGCUACGACCAGGUGAUCGAAGCAUGCGCCUUGAAGCCAGACCUGGCGGUGCUGCCUGCGGGUGACAGCACCGAAGUUGGCGAGAAGGGCAUCAACGUGAGCGGUGGCCAAAAGCAGCGCAUCAGCAUCGCGAGAGCGGUGUACAGUGGCCGUGACGUCUACCUACUGGACGAUCCUCUGAGCGCCGUCGACUCGCACGUGGGCAAGCAGAUCUUCGACAAGGUCAUCGGACCCAAGGGCAUGCUGCGGGACAAGACCCGCGUACUGGUCACCCAUCGGCUCUCGGUGCUCCCGGAAGUGGACACCGUGGUCGUCAUGCGCAAUGGACGCGUGUCGGACUGCGGAAGCUUCCAGGAGCUGCUGUCCCGGGGUGGUGCCUUCUCCGAGUUCCUGACGCAGUUCAUCAAGGAAAGCGAGCAGAACGAGGAAGGCCUCUCGGAGGAAGACGUCGAGCUCUUCAGCGCCAUAGCGUCGCAAGCGUCCUUGUCCUCUCCCGAGCUCGUCCGGUACCGCUCGGCAAGAAGCGAAACAAGCGACGUCGAUUCGAGUGCACCUGAGGAUGUCUACGUUUCGGGCAGCGGGCCACGUCGCCGGCAGUUUUCGCGUAGGAGCAGCGGCCGCGAAUCUUCUGGUGCAGCCGGAAGCAGCGUGGCGCGGGGGAAGGAGCCGCUCCACGACAGGGCGUCCAAGGCCAAGCUCACCGAGGAAGAGACGGCGCAAGAGGGAUCGGUGAAGUGGGGUGUGUACUGGGACUUCGUGAAGGCCAUGGGAACGUGGAUGACGAUGUUUACCCUGUUGACGUUCGUUAUAUCGCACGUAUUCAACAUCGCCGGCAGUAUCUGGCUCGGCCUCUGGAGCAACGACGCCCUCGACCCCGAACUGGCCACAGACCCCGCACAGAAGAACUACAGGCUCGGAAUGUACGCCAUGUACGGCACCGUGGAGACCGUGUUCGUGCUGUGCGGAGGUGUGUGGCUAAACCUGGCUAUGCUGAGGGGCAGUCGCGUGGUCCACGACCGAAUGCUGCAUCGCGUGCUGCGUGCGCCCAUGGCCUUCUUCGACACCACGCCCAUGGGCCGCAUACUCAACAGGUUCUCGAAGGAUGUCGAUGCCGCGGACGUGACGCUGCCGUUCAACGCACGCAUGUUGCUUGUGCAGUUUAUGCGCACCGUGGUGGCGUUCGUGCUGAUUGCUCUACAAACACCGCUCUUCCUGACCGCUGUACUACCACUGUUGCUCAUAUACUACUACAUACAGAAAGUCUACAUCGCCACGUCGCGGCAGCUUAAGCGGCUCGAGUCGGUCUCGCGGUCGCCUAUCUACGUGCACUUCUCGGAGACGGUGACCGGGAGCAGCUCGAUCCGGGCCUACGGUGUCGGCAAGCGAUUCGUUGACCACUCGGACGAGCUGACGGACAUCAACCACAGCACCUACUUUCCCAGCAUCGUGGCUAGUCGGUGGCUCGCCACAAGACUGGAGUUCAUCGGUUACACCAUAGUGCUAAUAGCUGGACUACUUGCGGUCAACAGCCGAGAUACCCUGUCUCCCGGCAUGGCUGGCCUUUCGGUCAGCUACGCUCUCACGGUCACAUUGACGAUGAACAUGCUGGUCCGUUCUACGUCCGACACGGAAACGAACCUUGUCUCGGUCGAACGCUGCUUGGAGUACACAAAGGUGACGCAAGAGGCUCCUUGGGAGAACCCCUAUUUCAAGCCCGACCCUUCGUGGCCAGUCACCGGAGAAGUCGAAUUCCAGAAUUACUCGACUCGGUACCGAGCAGACUUGGACCUUGUCCUCAAAGGGAUCACAUGCGACAUCAAGCCCGGUGAAAAGGUUGGCAUCGUUGGCAGGACGGGCGCGGGCAAGUCUUCGCUGACGCUGGCUCUGUUCCGCAUCAUCGAGGCCGCCGGCGGCGCCAUUAACAUCGACGGGCUGGACAUAUCAACGCUUGGCCUGUACGACCUGCGUAGGAAGCUCACCAUCAUACCACAGGAUCCGGUGCUGUUCAGCGGGACGCUGCGCUCCAAUCUGGACCCUUUCGAUGUGAAGGGCGAGGAGGAGCUGUGGCGGGCGUUGGAGCACUCGCACCUCAAGGACUAUGUCGCCAGCCUGUCGGAGGGCCUCCAGCACGAAAUAGCCGAGGGUGGCGAAAACAUCAGCGUGGGCCAGCGGCAGCUUGUGUGCCUGGCUCGUGCCCUGCUGCGAAAGUCUCGCAUCUUGAUCCUGGACGAGGCCACGGCCGCGGUUGACAUGGAAACGGACGACCUGAUACAGGCCACCAUCCGGCGAGAGUUCGCCGACUGCACCAUCAUCACGAUCGCCCACCGGCUCAACACCAUUCUCGACUACGACAGGGUGAUUGUCCUGGAUAGCGGCGAAAUCGCAGAGAGCGACUCACCGCGGGAGCUCAUGAAGCGAGAGUCCUCGAUCUUCUACGCUAUGGCCAAGGACGCGAACUUGCUGCAGGCGCCGCAGCAGGACUGAUCUUGAAGAGCAUUUUUUGUGCGAAUCAUCAACGAACUGCUCAUUCAAUCAGGCAUACCCUGACAUUGCCAUCAGCGCUUGGCUCCGUGGAUGGCACAUCGCUUGAAAGCCUACUUAAGACACUGUCCCCGAUGUGAAAUAGUGGCGCAAAUCAAAAUGCGUACACGUUCAUGCUCGGUGACGUGAACAUCUAGAUGGGAAAUAGGUAGGCAACAUAACUUCGCCACGAACACUCAGUUUGUGUGUUAUCGUGAUGACGAUAUUUUGUAAGAUGUUGCAUGGCGUUGUGCCUUUUAAGAAACAUUAUUCAGAUGUUUGGCUUUGGUCAAUCGGUCACUCGCGUAAAAUGCGAUGUUGGGUAUUUAUUGAACUCACGAAUGUCUGCCUGUAGUUCUGCAUUUAUAUUCUUGCCGCAUUUUUACAAUAAUCAUUAAAAUAUAGUCUAUCGUCAUGCUUUGCUGCAAAUUAUGUCUAAGUGGCCUAUGUGCGGUGAUGCGGCAUCAGCAGACACCGUUGGCGUUAGUUGCAGUCUUACAGCAGUUCCUCAGAUGCGUACUUUAGGCACUGAAAACGGUCACAUUCGCAGGCACGUGCAACUAGACACUAGUUUGUGUUCUUGAAUGUAGAUAGAAAUCUCUGAACAAAAUCUAGUUGAAGCGUUUGUGUUAAAAACAUCUUAGAAUCUUACGCGUUCUUAUUUCAUAAAGGUAUCGGCGAAAGCAGAACACGCAGUUGACGUGGUAGAUAUACAUGUAUAUUGCUUGUGUGUUCAUUUGUGUGCAUUGUACGCGUGCAGAUGCGUAACAUUACAAACCGAAUCCUUCCCGUCAUCACCGAAAGUUAACAGGAUUAACUUAGAAAGUUUAAAACGUUUGACUAAAGUAAGUUUCAGACAUACUUAGGACAAGCUUGAACCAGGUCCUACGGCGUACCUGACUCGCUGGAUGAGCAGAGUCACUUUGACUUAUGCUCAAAAUGUUUUUUAUUCCUUGAGUGAGAGGUGUGUGGAAUCAACUCAAGAGCUUUCUAUAUACCUGCAACGAAGUUGCAUUCUUUUGUUUUUCAUUAUUUCCAUGUUGCGCUAUUGUACAGUUAUGCCUGUUAUUUUGUGUACUAAAGUGCUCACUCUUCCGGAUUGCCUACCCGCCAUAUUUCGUGGAUAAAUUAAUAAAUAGCCCGAACUCCGCCAAUCUGACUUUCCUUUCUUUAGGCGUGCAUUAGCACUACGCACAAGCCAAAC